UUGGCUGGAGGGAAAACGAGGGAGAGGGAAAAUGUUCGUUCUGCUUCUUCGUAGAAAUUCUUCAGCACUGUCAUCUCUUUCUUACUCCCAAGUUCCUCUUCCAAAACCUUCUUACUUACUCCCAUACCACUCCCUCUCCACCACGCCGCCACCACCACCACCACAAGAUGCCAUCAUAGCGAAACUCAUUCUCUGCUCCGACCCACGAACCCUUACGCAAACACUAGUAGACACAACAAUUCAAUGGACCCCGGAGCUCGCCGACAGUGUCCUCAAGCGCCUCUGGAACCACGGACCCAAGGCUCUCCACUUCUUCAGAACCCUAGACCGCCACCACCCCACCUUCGCUCACUCCUCUUCCUCCUUCGACCUCGCCAUCGACAUCGCCGCCCGCAUGCGCGACUACAAGGCCGUGUGGGCUCUCGUGGCCCAGAUGCGUAAUCGCCGCCUCGGCCCGGGACCGAAAACCUUCGCCAUCAUCGCCGAGAGGUACGUCGCCGCUGGCAAACCCGAUAGAGCUGUCAAGCUCUUCUUGUCUAUGCACGAGCACGGUUGUUUUCAGGAUUUGAAUUCGUUCAAUACGAUUCUUGAUGUUCUGUGUAAAUCGAAACGCGUCGAAAUGGCGUAUAAUUUGUUUAAGGCUCUAAAGGGUAGGUUUAAGGUUGAUUGCGUUAGUUAUAAUAUAAUUUCAAAUGGGUGGUGUUUAAUUAAGCGGACGCCCAAGGCACUUGAGGUGUUGAAGGAGAUGGUGGAGAGAGGAUUGGAACCGAGUUUAACCACGUUUAAUACAAUGCUUAAAGGUUAUGUUAGAGCUGGUCAGAUUAACGAAGCUUGGGAGUUCUUUUUGCAAAUGAAGAGAAGGAAAUGUGGGGUUGAUGUUGUUUCUUAUACCACCAUGGUUCAUGGGUUUGGCUGCGCUGGCGAGAUUAAGAGAGCUAGAAGAGUUUUCGAUGACAUGAUUGGGGAGGGUGUGCUCCCUUCUGUCGCAACUUACAAUGCUCUGAUUCAAGUUUUGUGCAAGAAGGAUAGUGUUGAAAAUGCCAUCUUGGUGUUUGAGGAUAUGGUGAGGAAGGGGUAUGCGCCUAAUUGGACUACUUAUAAUGUGGUAAUCAGAGGAUUGUGUCAUGCAGAUCAGAUGGAUAGGGCUUUAAUGUUUCUGGAAAGAAUGAAGGAGGAUGAUGAGUGUGAGCCGAAUGUUCAGACUUACAAUAUUGUGAUUCGUUACUUUUGUGAUGCCGGAGAGAUUGAAAAGGGGUUGGAUGUAUUUCAGAAGAUGGGUAGUGGGGAUUGCUUGCCCAAUUUAGAUACUUAUAAUGUUUUGAUAAGUGCCAUGUUUGUGAGGAAGAAGUCAGAUGAUUUGCUGGUGGCUGGGAAGUUGUUGACCGAGAUGGUGGACAGAGGAUUUCUGCCCCGGAAGUUCACUUUCAAUCGGGUCUUGAAUGGGCUUUUGCUAACUGGCAACCAAGGUUUUGCAAAAGAGAUAUUGAGAUUGCAGAGUAGAUGUGGCCGUCUUCCUCGUCAGCUCAAAUUGUGAUAGUGUACUGGCGUUUGAAUUGGCUCAUGCAUUUGUAGAUUUUUCUUAAAUCCUCCUUUGAUUGUAGAGCCAAUGUUACAAUGUUACGAAGGGCUUCUGAUCGUGCUUGAUGAUGAGUGCCAUUGUUUCUGUCUCUAAUGGUUUUUGAGGAUGUACGUGCUGCUGCCUUGCCCUUCAACAGCAAUUGCGAUCACAUUAGUGAUUUCAGUUGGCUCCUGAAUUGGGACUUUGGGUGCCUUUUUUGCAAUCAGUUCACACAGCAGGACCAGGACUUAUAUUAUAUAUGGUGUGGUUGGGAAGUUCUUGAGAAUAUGAAAUCUCAUCUUCAGCCAUUUCUCAGUAACACAUUGCAUUUUAUUUUAUUUUUUAAAUUGUUGGUACCGGGUGUCUGGAAUAAAGCCCUAUCGCACAAGCCUUUUUCAAAAAGGAGUUUAUCACAAUUGCACUUCGGAUAAUUCAAGUAGAAAUUUUCUGAGUCCGAUGGCCCCUACAAAUAGCUUUUUGGGGGAGCAAUUGAUACAGGACAAGAGGAGUUUAUGGUUACUGGAUUUGAUAACCUUCGAGGUUUGCUUUGUUCAUCCUUCCUAGUGCUAUCUCAUGUUCUUGCAGCAGGAUCACUGCCAUUACACGUGACGGCGCCCAAUUUUUCUGGUUCGGCAGUUCCAUCUAACUUUGUAUCAUUAUCCAUCAAAUAAAUAGUUAUUCAAGGUUGAAGUGGUAAAGGCCUUGAGCUGGAACAUAUGAAGCUGACACAAGAUGAAAUUUGAAACCCAUUAAUCAUGGAUUAGGAAUAUUGUUUUGAAAAAACAAAUGUUUUACAACAUUGUUUAUUAAAACACAUUAUUAAUGUGGAAUCUUGUCACACUAAGUAUAGAAAGUAUUUUGUAUUAAUAUGAUUAAGGUUGCUACUCA